CGUAAAAUGUCACGCUCAGAGCAAGUGACCCCUCCUGAUGAAAGCUUUGAAAUUGUGGGGAGUCAGGACUCAACAACACCGCGAAUGAAAGGUUCACCUUCCAAGUCCAAA